GAUUUAGAAUAAGGCGGCAGGAAUUCAAUUUGCGAUAUGGGAAGAAAUGAUCGAGAAUGAUUCAGAGGGAUGACGUGGUGCAUGGGAUAUUUCGACGAGCUUCGAGAUGAAGAAUUCAAUUCAGGAAUCGGCGGAUACAACGACAAUAACAGCACUAUCGCUGGAUUGUUGGGUAAAAGAGAGACUGAAGAAGUGGGUGCAGCUGUCCGGACACGAAGGAACAAUAGUUCCUGCGACUGACAAAACAUUGUGGAAGAAACGAUCGUAUAGCGGUUCCAACGAAGGUAAUGCAUAUCGUGCGUUAAUGAACGAUCCUGCUCUGGAAGCUUUCGUACCUCGGUAUUAUAGAGAAGUCGAAUAUGAAAAUGAUUCUUUUAUCGAAAUCGAAGAUCUUACAGCUCUCUUCGAUGAACCCGCGAUAAUGGAUAUCAAGAUGGGGAUCAGAACAUUUUUGGAAUCUGAGGUUAACAAUAAGACUGUACGAAACGAUUUAUAUGAAAAAAUGAUGUCAUUGGAUCCCUACGAACCUACAGAGGAGGAACAUGCUGCUAAAGCUAUAACAAAAAUGCGUUACAUGCAAUUUCGAGAGAAAGAAAGUUCUACAACAACACUGGGUUGUAGGAUUGAAGCUGCUAAAAUGCCAGGUGGGGUUUUGCAAAAAAGCUUCAAGAAAGUUAAAACACAUAAAGAUGUCAGUGGAACGUUACUGAAAUUUUUCGACCAACACAUAUCAACAACUGGUUUUCAUAUUUUGCAACGCCUGAAAAGAUUACGAGAAGCUGUUCAAAAAUCACAGUUUUUCCGAACUCAUGAAGUUAUUGGCAGUUCGUUACUAUUGAUGUAUGAUGCAACAUUUGCUAAUGUAUGGAUGAUUGAUUUUGCGAAAUCGAUUCCGGUGGAAAUAGACUCAGUAAACCAUAGGCGAGAAUGGGUUUUUGGUAAUCAUGAAGAUGGCUAUUUUGUAGGACUCGACAAUCUUAUUGAGAUUAUGGAAGAACUGGUUUUAUGACUUAUUCGGAUGAUUUUGGAAAUUCAGAAUUUUGUUCAUCAUACUUUGCAGAGUUCUUGGUUUUUGUAGUGCAAAUGAAAAUCCAUUCAGGCUCGACAUCUAACGGUCUUUAUAAAAUUCUCUUGAGAUGUACAGGACGAUAUCGAACAUACAUUGAGUUCUCGAACAAAUAGGAUUUUUCUUGUCGAAUGUGGAAAAAUUAGACUAUUCCACUAUUUUGUUUAUGUAUGGGUUCCUUUUAUACAUCUUUAAAUAGUAAAACGUCCAAAAUAACAUACUAUUUACCUCAGUCAUUUUAUAUGUGGCUUAUCAUUUAUCGGGAAAUAUCACAUAGAUAUCUUACUUUUCAAUAUUAUGUGUUCUUUUCACUAACACUCUAACUAGCGAAUAUCUUGAAAUAAUGUCAUCCUGGAUCUCCUAUAUUUUUUGCAUGUGGAGAUGCACUAUAUUGCUACAUGUUCCUGUUGCAUGCGGAUGAUGCACUGGGUUAUUAGCUGCAAACAGUUUGCGAAUUAAUUUUCUGCUAAUAAUUCGCCAUUUUCUUUGCUGUUUUCGCACUACUAUUAUUUCUCUGAUGAUGGACAUUCACUUGUAUUUUUCAUCUUCAACUCUUGUUAUGUUCUGAGUGCUGAAAAGUUCCCGGAAACUGUGCAGAUUUGUUGGAGACCUUUUUAAGCCUGUGUACAGUUUUCCCAGUGCCCUCAAAUUAUUCUAUUGCUGGGGUAAUCAUCACGUUAUUCAGUGGGAAAUGUUGAUUUAUGUUUUCUUUUCUCGUUAAUGUUACAAUACGUUUUGCACCAUUCUGAUGUUCCCGAAACCAUCACUCCUCUUUUUAAAAAUAAUUUUUUGCAUUUUUGAUUUCCAAAAACUAGAAUCGAUUUCAAUUUGAGACUAAUGCUCCUGCAUUACGCCUUUCCAAGUUGAGCUUUUGGUUGUCAAAGUGCAUCCGAGCAAUCUAUAUCUCACAUUGUUCAAUAUUAAAAAUUAUUUUCUGGAAUAGUGCUGUAACUAUCCAAAAGAGCUUACCACUGUUUUAAUUGAAAGCCUCUACUUUUCCCGUAAAUAGCCUUACCUUUCUUUUUUUUUUUCCUCUCUGCCAGUGUGUUUAUUAUUUUCUUUUCAACAAAUCUCUUAUUUUACAAAAUUAUAGAUUUUGUAGCAUAAUUUCACACGAGAAACAAUCGAUACGUUUAUCGUGGAAAUUUUUUUUAUCGCGAUAUAACUCUAUUUUGUUAAUUGAAAAAAGGGGGUUAAUAUUUUUAAAGUUUGACUUACGUACAUUUCUAUCGCGUAGCGGAUUGUAUUGUGAAUGUACGGCCAGUUGAAAGUUUUAUUAUAAUCCGUAUGUCAAGUAGCAUGGAACGAUUUCCAAUAUGUG